UCGGCUUCAUAAAAAGUUCUGCACAUCAGUAUAUAUUGAGAGCGGCAAUGUCAAUCAUUCAUAAACUCUUUUUGACUUUUCGGCAUAAACAAGAUUAAUUGGUCUCUGUAAUCCAAACGUUAGUGUCAAUUUGAGAUCCUUGAGGUGACUUUGGUGCAAUAUGGCCAUAUCAUAUUUUCUGAUCAGUUUACUGGGAUGCUUUCUUUGUGUAGCUACAACUUCGCCGAUUAAUCAAGAUGAGGCAACAACCGCAGAAAAUCUGGCAGAACUUUCUAAAGAUUUCCAUGAAUUAGUGAGCGUAUUGAGACAGAUAAUUCCCGGACUUCAUCAGUCUCAAGAACCCGCUUCGGAAACAAUCGGAAAUGGCAGCACCGAAGAGCUCCGAGACUACCUCGUGAAUCACUUUAAGGUUCGGAACCGCCGAAGUAGCGAUACGGCACUCUCGGCUCUUUCCGGUCCAUUUACGAACGAGUCCGACGCUGUGACCGGUGUCAGCGAGCUAAAUCGCAUUCUUCUCAGCUAUCAUUCGCUUACACCAGCAGGUGGCACUAUUUAUACUCACUGGGGACGAGACGAUUGUCCCAACGGGUCAGAACUGGUCUAUUCAGGAAGUACAGCAGGAGCUUACUACAGCCACACUGGCGGUGGUGUCAAUUACCUUUGCCUCCCAAAAGAGCCCAUCUACAGCGAAGUCGAGAGAACGGCCCACGCGUCGCGAUCCCUGCUUUACAACGCGGAGUACGAGACGAGCACUGCCCAAGUCCUGCAGGAUCUCCAUGACCAAACCCCAGCCUGUGCCAUAUGCAGAGCUCCACCAACCAGGCUCACCAAGAUCAUGAUUCCAGGCCGUAACGUGUGCCCGUCUUCAAAAUGGCGCCUGGAAUACAAGGGCUACCUCAUGUCGAGUCUGUACUCUCACAAGACCAGGACCGACUUCGUUUGCAUGGACGAGGAUGCAAUGGGAAUUCCUGGAACGACCGGAAGUCAAGAUGGGGCCCUAUUCUACAUGGUGGAGGCUCGGUGCUCCCCAGGAGGGAUACAGUGUGGGCCAUAUGUGAACGGAUACGAGCUGACGUGUGCUGUUUGUACAAUUUGAUUCAGCUAAAGACAAGACUUGAAUGGCGCUAUAAAGAUCCCAAAAUGAAAUUUAGGAUCAAAACACCAAUUUCGACACUCGCCUGAUUACCAAAAUAAUUUCUCAAGGACAUAAUUUUAUUCAAACCUCGGGCAAAAAUACGUACACACCCAACAAAACUGUGUCAGCAAAGCCAUGUAUAAACCCAUCUGAAAUUUCAGAAAACAAUCCCCCCCCAAAAAAAAAAUUUAAAAUGUGAGAGAGUAAAUUAAUUGAAUAAGGGCAGGCGCACGAGCAGUGCAUGGUAUUGAAAUUUAGUAUUUAGGUAUUGCCAAAUUCAAACUAUUAAUAAUCGAUUUCGAGCAUAUGGAUUGCAUUUUGAAAUAUUUUCAGUUUUUAUUGAAAGGUGUUAUUAGAAAUGCUUUACUGAAUGUUUUUGUUUGUAUGAUUUAUUUUAAGACGUCAAAGAAAUAAAAGUGGAAUGGUGGAAAAUAAAUCAAAAUAAAAUGUUUGCAAUAAGCGAAUUUUCAUUAACAUGAUUGAAUGAUCUGAUUAUUAUUAUUUUUUUUUUGCAAAUGGAUGAAUAAAAACUUAGAUAACCUCUGAUUUCUAUACAUUCACGAAAAUGACACGAUGCAAUAUUUUGUCAAUUUUAAGAUAUAUUGUUUAUCAUGAACAUAUUACGUUAUUGUUACGCUUUAAAAAGUGGUAGCGAGCAUAUUUUAGUGACUUAAAAAGCACUAUUCCGAUUCACGACCAAGGGCCUUUAGCUGCUCAUGUCAAAAUUGUAAUAGAAAUUUGCUUAUUGCGUUGAGCUAUGCAUGUUAUUAUAUUCUUAAUGAAAUAUAUUUCAAUUUUUAUUUGGA